CGCUGUUUAUUUGCAGCUGGGCCACCGCGGCGGCCGAGCACGGGGCGCCCGGGCGGGGACAGUGGGCGCGCGAUGCCCGAGCCACGCAGGACGCCGCGCACCCGGGCCCCAGCCGGGGAGGAUGCGCGCCGCUCGGGAGCGGCCGUGCAGGCGGCGCGAUGCUGGUGACCCGCGGGGACCGCGGCGGCGGGGAGCGCGCGCCCUCGCGGCGCCCGCGCUGCGGACUGGUUCCGGCCGGAGCCGCGGCGCUGUUAGCCGGGGCCAGCUGCUUGUGCUACGGCCGCUCGCUGCGGGGCGAGUUUGUGCAUGACGACGUGUGGGCGAUCGUGAACAACCCCGACGUGCGGCCCGGGGCCCCGCUGCGCUGGGCCGUUUUCGCCAACGACUUCUGGGGCAAGGGCCUGGCGGACAGCACCAGCCACAAGUCCUAUCGGCCGCUGUGCGUGCUGUCCUUCAGGCUAAACAUAUUUCUGACUGGCAUGGACCCUUUCUACUUCCAUGCGGUGAAUGUCAUUCUGCACUGCCUGGUGACCCUCGUGCUGAUGUACACCUGCGAUAAGACCGUCUUCAAGAACCGCGGGCUGGCUUUUGUCACCGCCCUGCUCUUCGCGGUGCACCCUGUCCACACGGAGGCGGUGGCUGGCAUCGUGGGCAGAGCCGAUGUGUUAGCAUGUCUGCUGUUCCUGCUGGCCUUUCUUUCCUACCAUAGGAGUCUGGAUCAGGGCUGUGCAGAGCAGAGCUUUCCCCCGACGGCUUCUCCCUUCUUCCUGCUGCUCAGUUUGUUCCUGGGGACCUGUGCCAUGCUGGUGAAGGAGACCGGCGUGACCGUGUUUGGAGUGUGCUUGGUUUACGACCUCUUCUCCCCGUCCCACAAGCAGGAUAAGUUGAGCAAUGGGGUGAUCUGUCAGCACAGCCCACAGCAGCCAGGGAACUCCCAGCCCUCCUCUCACCAUGCCCACCCCCACCGUGAGAGCAGAAAACAGCGCUUCCCACACAGAGACGGUUGGGGAGGCUGCCAUUCACCGGUGCCUCCAGAGCCCAAGAGCCGCGGAUUCCCUGUGUCCCCAGGAGCAGUGUGGUCCCUGAUGAGGUGUCUGACAGGAAGCAGCAACGGCAAUUUCCUGCUUACACUGAGACCGUUUUUAAAGCGGGCCAUUUUGGUCAUCAGUUAUGUGAUGGUCAUUUUGUAUUUCCGCCUGUGGAUAAUGGGAGGAACUAUGCCCCUCUUCUCGGAGCAGGACAACCCCGCUUCGUUUUCACCUCACCUCCUUACAAGGUUCCUUACCUAUUCCUACCUCCUGGCCUUCAAUGUGUGGCUUCUGCUGGCACCCAUCACCUUGUGCUAUGACUGGCAAGUGGGCAGUAUUCCUCUGGUGGAGACCGUAUGGGACGUGAGGAACCUUGCUACCAUCCUGCUGGCAGUGGUGAUGGCCUUACUGAGCCUGCACUGCAUGGCGGCCUUCAAGAGGCUGGAGCACAAGGAAGUGUUGGCCGGCCUGCUGUUCCUCGUGUUCCCGUUCAUUCCAGCCAGCAACCUCUUCUUCAGGGUGGGCUUUGUGGUGGCCGAGCGAGUCCUGUACAUGCCUAGCAUGGGCUACUGCAUUCUCUUCGUGCAUGGACUGAACAAGCUGUGUGCUGGGCUGAGCCGGUGUGGGGCCACCUCCCUGAUGGCGUCUACUGUGUUGCUGCUCCUGCUUUUUUCCUGGAAAACCGUGAAGCAGAAUGAAAUCUGGUUGUCGAGAGAGUCCUUAUUCAGGUCUGGAGUUCAUACUCUGCCCCACAAUGCGAAGGUUCAUUACAACUACGCCAACUUCCUAAAAGACCAAGGCCGGAACAAGGAAGCCAUCUACCACUACAGAACCGCCCUCAAGCUGUACCCACGCCACGCAAGUGCGCUGAACAACCUGGGGACGCUGACAAAGGACACGGCCGAAGCGAAGCUGUACUACCAGAGGGCCCUGCAGCUGCAUCCACAGCACAACCGUGCCCUUUUCAACCUGGGCAAUCUCCUGAAGUCCCAGGAGAAGACGGAAGAAGCCAUCGUGCUGCUGAAGGAGUCCAUCAAGUAUGGGCCAGAUUUCGCUGAUGCCUACUCCAGCCUGGCUUCCCUCCUGGCUGAGCAGGCAAGAUUUAAGGAAGCAGAGGACGUCUACCAGGCUGGAAUAAAGAACUGCCCAGACAGCUCAGAUCUGCACAACAACUACGCGGUUUUCUUAGUUGACUCUGGCUCUCCAGAGAAGGCCGUGGCUCACUACCAGCAGGCCAUCCAGCUCAACCCAAGCCAUCACGUGGCCGUGGUGAACCUGGGCCGACUCUACAGGUCCUUGGGCGAAAACAGCGUGGCCGAAGAGUGGUACAAACGCGCCCUCCAGGUGGCCCACACGGCUGAGGUCCUGUCACCUUUGGGAGCACUCUAUUACAACACGGGCCGACACAAGGAGGCGUUGGAAGUGUACCGGGAAGCGGUCUCGCUCCAGCCUUCCCAGAGGGAUCUCCGCCUGGCCCUGGCACAGGUUUUAGCAGUGAUGGGUCAGACCCAGGAAGCUGAAAGGAUGGCCAGUCUCAUAGUGUCAGAGGAACCCAGAUGCCUGGAAUGCUACCGCCUCCUGUCGGCCAUCUACAGCAAGCAGGAGCAGCAUGAGAAGGCACUCGAGGCCAUAGACAGAGCUCUUCAACUGAAGCCCAGGGACCCAAAAGUCAUAUCUGAACUUUUCUUCACAAAAGGGAACCAGCUGAGAGAGCAGAACCUUCUGGACGAGGCUUUUGAGAGCUAUGAAGCUGCCGUGACCCUGGAUCCUGACCAGGCACAGGCGUGGAUGAACAUGGGCGGCAUCCGGCACAUCCAGGGAAGCUACGUGUCUGCCAGGGCCUAUUAUGAGAGAGCCCUGAGGCUGGUCCCAGACAGCAAGCUGCUGAAGGAGAAUCUAGCCAAGCUGGAUCGCCUGGAGAGACGGUUACAGGAAGUCCGAGAAAGAGACCAGACCUAGCAGCUCCUGGGACACAGUCACUAGGGACUCAGCAGGCUGAAAGAAGACAGAGAGGCCUUGCUCACACAGCAGGCUCUGCCUCCUGGUGGCACAGGGAGACAGCUGCUGGUGACCCUGCUGCUAGGGUUGUUUUCCAGGAAGACAAAGGGGAACAGGCAGUGUGCAGGGAAGGGAAGUAACGUGUGUGCUUUCUGGGCUCGUCUGUGUCACUCCCAGUCCCCAGGAUGCAGAUAUGGUCGUCAUGGUGGCCCAGAAACACAGAGGAGACAGCCUCCUCUGAAGUCGGCCCGUGGGGGAGUCCAGAGUGGGUGAAGAGCUUUGGUUGUCUUGUGAAGGCAUGGGAGCAGAGCACUUGAUCGCUGGGCUUGGUCUAAUAUCCCCUAAGAGUACCACUAAGGACCUUUGGAGAAGUACAUUAAAUUCCACUCUGAUAUACAUUUUUCAGUGCCUAAAACACGGGUGAGCUUCUAGAGUUGUAUGUGGGUAUCUUUAUCUCUCCAGGAAAAAUCUCCCUGAGCAGUAAACAAAAAACAACAACAACAGAAAAAGCUCAGCAUCCUUGUUUUGUUACGGAAAUGUUUUUAAAUUGUAUUCCAGAUCUUACUAGAGUUGUGUCUCCACCCUGAAACUUCUCAGUGCGUACACCAGGAGACUGCCACCCUGGCUGCCCAGGCGUGGAGUGGCGGGGUGCGGGGUACAUUCUGUGUGGAAGUGUUCGAGGGCCAGUCUAAAGAAGUGCUCGCCUUUAUUCUCUUAAGGUCAAGACGUCAUGAGAUUAUUAUUUUUGAAAGAUAUAUUUGAGCAUUGAGGAACCUUUACAGUGUGUUGCAGAAUUCCUCACGGACUGAGUUGAGGGAAAAGAGCUCUAUUUAUUGACUUUCAAGGUUUACUGGGAAUUUUGUGCUUAAGAGACAAGUGACUGACAGCAGACUCCACAGAGAAUGCUCUAUAACUCUCUGCUAAAGUCUAGAUUCACAGUUUUUUAAAAAAUAUAUUUAUAUUUAAAAACGAGGAAGGCAAAGUUGAAAUCAUAAUUUGACAUUAUUUUUAGUGUUAUUUAUUGUAUAACUUAUAAAAUAUUUAAUAUAUAUAUCCACAUGUGUGGCUUUGUCUCUGUACAUAGUCAUUUUGAUAGCAGCUCUCAAAACCAAUCAUAUAAAAACUGCGUAAUAAGAAAGCUUUAACAAUCGCCCCAAAUUAUACUGGUUGUAUGCCACUUAAAGCUAAUGGAAUUGCAGGUCAGCUCUGUGUUUGGGUAGUCAGUGAAGGGGUUGGAGCACCUGCUUCAAACUGGAUGCUUCUUACUGAAAGCAGAAACCUGAAGGUUAUCCGGGCCCUGCUGCCAAGGUGGGUGUCACACAAACAUCUCACCUGCACAGCCAGACCAGAGGAACCAGCAUCAGGAGGCAGGCUUCUGUGUGUUAUUUUAGUUUAUUUUUUCUUUUUGACAGGUAAGUUUAAAUAAAUGGCUGAAAACUUAUUUUAAAAGCCAGGGGUGGUGGUACACACCUUUAAUCCCAACACUUGGCAAGCAGAGGUAGGCGGAUGAAUCUCAGUCCUGGUCCACAGAGUGAGUUCCAGGACAACCAGGGUUGUUAACGCAGAGAAACCCUGUCUCAAAUCCUCCACCCCCUCAAAAGGGGGCAUUUGACCAAGUGCUCCCCUGCUCUUGGGCCAGCAUGUGUCUGUGUCACCUGAUGUCUGGAAUCGGCUGCCAGGGUCAUAUAUCACAGAUUGAUCCGGAAUCUUAUUUUCUUCCAUCAAAGGUCAAAAAUAUGUUCUAUAGUGCUUGCUAUAAAAUAAUUCCAAGCCCCUAGUUUAGAAAGCAGGGGUCUUUGGCAGCACCUUAGUACCUCUUUUUAGAACAGUAUUUACCAAAAUGGGUGUAUUAAAAACUAACGGGACAGAUGGAACCACAGAGUUUGAUAUAACUUCGCCUAAUGUAAAUUGCCACAAAAGGUCUCAGUGUAAAGUUGUUGGAGUAAUUAAAAAGGCAACUGUAACAUAAAUGUUUCUGAGGAGAAAAAGCCAGGUGGCGCCUAGGAGGCUGCUACAUGGGGCCUCUCUCCUUCCUCAUUUGUCUGCCUACUUUGGCAUCUCCCUGAGCAGUAAAAACACACACUGCUUAAAAAGAAGAGAAGUCAGCCGGCGUUGUGGGCUCGGAUGUUAAAUGAGCCAAGGAGAGUUUCCUUGGUAGAUAGGUUGCCUGGGAGAAAGUCAGUCGCGAAGUGUUUUCUCAAAGCUGUCGAGUGUAUCUUGUAACAGGCUGUUUGGUCCUUGUCACAUGAGAUAAUGCGUGGGAGUCCUCCUUUUACGUAGAAACGAAGAGCCUGGCUUGUUGUGAAAACGCAGCUGGUUUACCACCAGCAGGCUUUGCUCUGUGAGUGACUGGAGAGCUCUUUCUGAAACCUAGGGGUGGAGCUGGCUUAGUGCACGCAGAUCCUCUGCUGGCGAUUCUGACAUCGCAGUCCUUGUCGUUAUUGUUGGUGCUGAGAACUCCACAAAGCACUUUCCGGCUGAGCUCCGGCCUCAGCUAAAUUAUUCUGAGGGUUUUUUCGUUUAUUUGUUCUUGGGUCCCAGAGUGCUGCACCAUGCCCUGGGGAAAAAGGAGGAGUCGCUGUGCCUGGGCUGAGCCCCAGCAUGGUGUUCUCAGGGUUCUUUCCUGAGUUACACAUAGAGCCCUUCAUCCCCGGAGCCCCUCCCCCACCAUUCCCUGUCAGUCCUGCCUGUUACCCUAUCUAGACCCAGACUGCCCUUGUCAUGAAGCCCAGUGGCAGUUCAUUCUUGUGCCCUUUGACAUAGGAGCUAUAGGAAUGACCGGUGGCUUAUUUUAAAUUUGGGAAUUAUUCAAUUAGUAUUUUUCAAAAUGAUUCACAUGUUUCAGGUUAUUAGUGUCUUUUGGUUAGGUGGUGGAACUCAGGCAAACGAACCAAAAAUGCAAAAACUAUGGGGGAAUAGAUGCUUUUGUGAGGACUGGGGGCCUUGUUUGUUUGUGUGUUUCUGGGGCUAGAACUCCAUCCAUGUAAGGCAAGCCUUCCAUUACUGGCCACCAGAGACAUCUCAGUCCUGGGCUUGUUUAUUCUGAAGGUUGUCACACAAAGCAGAGAGGUUUCUGAUGUUCAUCAGCAUGCAGGUUCCCUUCUGAAGUCUGCAGCAGAAUUUCACAGGUAUUUUUCAGCUUUCAGACAAGGCCAAAUAAAAAUUCCAAACCACACCACAGAAGCUAUCUGAGGUGACCGAACUGAGGAGGAGAAAAAGCAAAGGUCCCGUUUCUAGUGAUUGUUAGCAGAUAGGCUGCAUCCUUCUGAUUACAGAGCAGCUGGGCUGGUAGGAGGCCUUCCCCCCUACCCAGGGUCUCUCCACACUAGCUGCCCUUGGAGAACUGUGAGUAUUCUUCCAAACUCCCUGAGACCCAGUGCUCUGCGGAUAGCAAAGUCCUAUAGGACUGAUGCUUUAAUGAGGCUUACAGCUUCUACCAAGCAGAUGCAGAAUAUGAAUUUUUUAUUUCUAGCUACUGGACCAAAGUGAGCCAAGGAAUUCUAAAGGAUGGGUCAUCACAUUCCUAGGCUGACCGGCAGGUGACUGAGUAGGGUGGCUUUGUGCAUGUGGUGGCUGGUCUUCUCUUUAGAAAAUGUUUGUGUUCUUCUCUUUAGAAAAUGCUUGGGUGUCAAAGGGAGAGACGGCAGGGGUGGCAGCUGGUCUGUAAUGUGUCCUUCUCUUUAGAAAAUGCCAUUUGCACACAGCAGGCAAGAGCCAGGGACAGAAAAUAAACAACAACAACAACACAAACAAACCAAAACCCUGAUAUCUUUUUAUUCUUAGAAGGUGUCCACGGCACAGAGAUCGCCUCUUUCUGCCUGGCACACAGACCCUGGGCUUUCCUGUUUAGUUCUUGACUGCACUUACUAAAACCUGUUUUUGAUGAGCUGGGUGUGGUGGCACACGUCUUUAUUCCCAGCAGCACUGGGGUGGCAGAGGCAGAGUCAGGUAGGUCUCAGUGAAUUCGAGACCAGCCUGGUCUACAAUAGAGCAAGUUCUAGGAGAGCCAGAGCUACACAGAGAGACCCUGUUUUGAAAAAAAACAAACCAACCAAACAAACAAACAAAAAAAACUCCUUUUGACAAGGAAUCAUGGGCAAAAAUGCCUGCUCCUAUCUGUGUGGAUCCACCCAGGGGAAUAAUAAACCUCUAGGAACUAAUUCGCCAAAGGCAUGCAGCUAUGGUAGAGGAGGGUUGUUUUGUCUUCUUUUCCAGUCACACUAGUUGGCAUCACCCGAAUACAGCAAAACCAAGCAGCUAAUGCCAUCCUUUGAAAAGUGUAGGUGCCUGUCACACCUUUCAGACCGCAGCUGUGCAAGCUAAGAUUUUAGAGUACCAGAAACCAAUACCGAAAAUAUUAUAAUUCUUACCAUUAUUCUCGGUUUUCAAUGCAAAGCUUGCUGUAUCAUUCUGAAAACUCUUCUAAUACUUUUGUUUCUGUGAGUUCUUUGUUCUGAGGGAGGAGAUAAAGUAAUCAAGUACAAAACAGGAUGGAUAGGAUAACUGGAGCCAUCAAUUGGUUCAUAUUAAAACAUUUUCAUCACCAGUGAUUUUCUGGGUAAAGCCAUCAGGGCAUAUAAAAAAGACAAAAUAAUACUAGCACCUUACAAAACACAGUCCUGGUCUGAGUGAAAAUACAGGCUGCCAGUCAUUCCUAACCGGAAAUGUCCGCAUGCAGAGGUCCAGGAUGUCUCCUCCUGGUCAGGGACACAGGAUAAAUAUUGGUAGCGAGCCUGGAAGUUCCUACCGUGCAUACCCUUUGGGGAUGAUUUAGCUGCUGGCCCAUUGUGGGGGCGCACUAGUUCGAGAUCGGCGCUUCAGAGUUCUAGUUCUGGCAUCAGUCCAGGAAGUCACCUCACUAGGGCAGGUAAGUCCACACCUAGGUAGAGUUUGUCCCUCCUCAUGGAGCACUGUCUCGUCCAGUGGCCCCCAGGAUACCACGAGCCUCCAAAAUGCAUUUAGAAGCACGACACAUCCGUCAAAACAAUGAUCUUAUUCCUGACGGUUCUUACUAACAAACACAACAAAACACAGACAAGCGACCCUGGGAAGACUAGGCUGCCCAAGUGUGCUAACAUGACAAUAGUAAGUCUUCCAGUUGUGCUUAACGUUCGUACGGUCACCCUGUCACCUUCCUGGGAGAAAAGAUGACACCCUCUCCUAGGGACCCGAGGUGUCCAUAGAAGCCAGGGACGUGUGGAAGUCGCUGUGUUUGCUGUCCGGACCUUGGUCUCUUCCCACCGCUCAGUGUUCUAUUUUGGUUGGUUGUAUGUAUAUGUACACCUGUGUUAUUCUCGCUGCUUAAAAUACUUCUCUGUUGAAGUCUGACUGUAUACUUUGCCUAAGUCUUUCAAAAACAAAAUUUAUGUAAAUGUCUAUUUUAUAUAAAACAUGGUGAAGUGAGAACUCUG